CACCCCUCCAAGAAACCAAACCAUGCAAAUACGCAGGUCAUCUCUCUCGCUACAUCUUCUCAAUUCUCAUGCAUGCAUGAGCAGCAUGGCGACCAUGCGAUGCCUCAGGCCAGGCGGCGCUCGCCGCCGGCAGUGCCCUCUCCUCAACGCCUUCUGCUCCUCGCUCGUCGACGGGCUCGCGCACCUGGAGGCCACGCUGUCCGCCGAAGAUGACGACGGCGGCGGCGGGUCCGCGGUGUCCAUGAGGUGGUGCGCGGACGCCAUGCGCCUGGUGAGGCGGAUGCAGCGGGACCUGCUGGCCGUCUUCAGGAGCGCCGACGCGCCGGCCGACCCCUGCGGCGGCGAGGACUGGCUGGAGCAGUACAUGCAGGAGACGGCGGCGCUGCUGGACUUCUGCAACGCGUUCAAGUCCGCUGUGUCGCGGAUGCACCGCUACUGCAUGGUGGUGGACUUCGCCGCGCAGGUGGGCUGCGCCGGCGCCGGAGGUGUCGCCGCCUCGCUCGUCGCCGAGAGCGUCGGGGCGCCGAAGGAGACUGACGCGCCGUCGUCACCGGCCGCCGCCGUCCGCGCUAAGCUGUCGGACGUGAAGGCAGUGGUGAGCGAGGCGGAGCGGCUGGGGGGAAAGAUCAUCUCCAGCUCCAGCGGCAGCGGCAGCAUGGUCCUCGUCACGCUCGUCGCCAAGAUCACAAUGGCCGUCGUGGCCACCUCCGUGCUCCACGCGCUCACCCACGCCUCACCCCCUUCCCUCCUCGACGACGACGUCGGCGUCGGCGGCGCGCACCCGCGCAGCUGCACGCUCGCCCGCGCCGCCGUCCCAGAGCAGCUGCGUCCGUGGCGCGAGUCGCUGUCGGCGAUCAACGACCGUGUGGCGGCGCUGCCGGCGAGCAUCGCGGAGCACGAGAGUGUCGUCACGGCGGUGAGGGACAUGAUGGGCGGCAAGACGGAAGGAUCAGAGGAUCACGUGGAGCUGCUGAGGACGAGGUCCGGCGAGCUCCGGGAGGGGGUGGAGAUGUUCGACUGUGUUCUUGAUCAAGUCUUUGAUGAGGUGAUCAGGGGCAGGAACGAGAUGCUGGGGAUCUUCAGAGACAAGCUCCUCACAUAACUGAAUUGGGGUGAAUUUUAAUUACCUCUGGAUUUUAAUCCCGUGUAAAAAUUUGGUGAUGUUUGUAAUGUUGGAUUUGAUGAUCCUAUAAAUUGCUAAUUCAUCGAUCAGCUGAAAUUUCUAUAUCUUUUUUCCUUCUUUGUAAAGGGUGUAGAAGUUGUAGCGUGUGGUUUUAUGUGUUUGCAUUUCAAUCUGGUUUGUAACUUGUAUUGACAGUGUCCCGGGACUGAUCAAUAAAGCAAAUGACACUUCAUUUAUUCUUCCA